AUGGAUCCAUGUGGUAAUUACAAACUGCGGCAGCUGCGCCCGGGCCCGCCCGGGGCGGCCACGCGCCCCCUGGGCGCCGCCGCCGUGGUCGUGGCCAUCGCCGUGCCCGUGGCGCUGCUCAGCCGCGAGAGUAAACGUGAUUCACGAAGAACAUACACUCUACAGAAUUACUUGAAUGAUGACUAUCAGUACAAAACAUACGAUUUGGAGUGGAUUUCGGGAAAUCAGUACCUGCACAAAACAGAGAAUGGUGACAUCCGACUCUUUGAUGCUGAGAGUGGAACAUCUUCAGAAGUGUUGUCAAAUACAACAGUAGACAAAUACAAAGCAACCACAGUUCUGUUGUCUCCUGACCAAAAGUAUGCUCUUCUGCAGUACAGCUAUACAAAGUUGUGGAGGCAUUCAUAUACAGCUUCAUAUUACAUCUAUGAUUUCAAUACAAGCUCCAUCUUAGCUGGACACCUGCUACCUAAUGAUACGCAAUAUAUAUCCUGGUCUCCUGUGGGUCACAAACUGGCAUAUGUUUGGAAUAACGAUGUCUAUGUAAAAGCUUCACCGACAGCAGAAGCUGUGCAAAUCACUACAAAUGGAGAAGCAAAUAAAAUUUUCAAUGGAAUACCAGAUUGGGUUUAUGAAGAGGAAAUGUUUGGCACUCAUUCUGCUCUGUGGUGGUCUCCAAGUGGCGAUUUUCUGGCAUAUGCAUCAUUUAAUGAUACUGAAGUUCCUCUUAUUGAGUAUUCCUUUUAUUCUGAAGAUACUUUGCAGUAUCCAAAGACCAUCAGAAUCCCAUAUCCCAAGGCAGGAGCUAAAAAUCCAACCGUGCAAUUCUUUAUUGUGGAUAUCCAGUCACUUCCUGCUUUUAAUUCUACCGAAAUAUCUCCACCAACAGAAAUAAAAUCAGAGGAUCACUAUUUAAGUGUUGUAACAUGGGUGACAGAUGAAAGGAUCUGUCUGCAGUGGCUCAGAAGAAUUCAGAAUUUUUCAGUUCUCGCAGUCUGUGACUUUGCAAGAGCCACUGCAAGUUGGACAUGUCCAAUGGAGAAACAACGUACGGAAGAAAGCAAAACUGGCUGGAUUGGCACCUUUCAGCCAUCUGACCCUUACUUUGCACCUGACAAUGCCAGCUACUACAAAGUCUUCAGCAAUGCAGAAGCUUACAAGCACAUCCAUUAUAUAAACGGCUCACAGGCUCCAAUACCUAUUACUCAAGGAAAAUGGGAAGUAACCAGCAUAGCAGCUGUAACCAGUAAUUUUUUAUAUUACAUCAGCAAUGAAAAUGGUGGAAAGCCAGGAGGAAGAAACCUUUAUAAAGUGCUUUUGGAAAACAGUCCAAGUUCACCUAAAUGUGUGAGCUGUGAUCUGGAUAAAGAAAGAUGCCAGUAUUAUUCUGUGUCCUUCAGCAAAGAUGCACAAUAUUAUCAACUGAAUUGUUACGGCCCUGGACUGCCCAUGUCUACUUUGCACAGAAGCAGCGAUGAUAAUGUCAUCAGAUAUUUGGAAAAUAACACUGAAUUGGACAACUCAUUGAAAGAUAUUCAAAUGCCUUCAAAAAUGUAUGGCACCAUUAAUAUAGGUGAAUAUGACCUCUGGUAUCAAAUGAUUGUGCCUCCCCAUUUUGAUUCAUCAAAGAAGUACCCUCUGCUUCUUGAUGUGUAUGCAGGACCCUGUAGUCAAAAAGUGAAUUAUGCCUUCCGGAUUGACUGGGCUACUUACCUUGUGAGCACGGAGCAGAUCAUUGUGGCAAGCUUUGAUGGCAGAGGAAGUGGCUACCAGGGGGAUAAAAUCAUGCACGCAAUAAACCGAAGAUUAGGAACGUAUGAAGUGGAAGAUCAGAUAUCAGCAGCCAGAAAAUUUUCUGAAAUGGGCUUUGUUGAUAAGAACAGAAUAGCCAUUUGGGGUUGGUCUUAUGGGGGAUACGUGACCUCCAUGGUGCUUGGCUCGGGAAGCGGAGUGUUCAAGUGCGGAAUAGCAGUUGCCCCCGUGUCACGCUGGCAAUACUAUGAUUCAAUCUACACGGAACGAUACAUGGGCCUUCCUAUUGAGAGUGAUAACCUGAAGAACUAUAAUAGUUCAACUGUAAUGGCCAGAGCUGAAAAUUUCAAGCAAGUUGACUAUCUCCUUAUUCAUGGAACAGCAGAUGAUAAUGUUCACUUUCAGCAAGCAGCACAGAUUUCCAAAGCUCUUGUUGAUGCUGAGGUGGAUUUUCAGGCAAUGUGGUACACGGACAAGGACCAUUCCAUUACCGGUCAAGCACAUAAGCAUAUUUAUACCCAUAUGAGCCAUUUCAUAAAGCAGUGUUUUUCAUUGCUUUAGCACAGGACCAGCACCAGCAUUUGGGCUGUUGGUGAUGGUUCUUCUCCAGAA